AUGGAUUUAAUAGAAAAUUUAUCCGAAAUAAAAGAAGAUAUUCUUCAACGAUUACAACAUUUAAAAAAUGUUCCAAAACGUCUUGAAAAUCCUAAUAUAUAUCAUUUAGAUAUUGGUGCUAUGUAUCCAAAUAUAAUUUUAACAAAUCGUUUACAACCAUCAGCUAUUGUUGAUUCAACAAGAUGUGCACAAUGUGAUUUAAAUCGUCCAAAUGCACGUUGUCAACGUAAAAUGGAUUGGAUAUGGCGUGGAACAUAUAUUCCAGCUACACGUAAUGAAUUACAACAUAUUCAAUUACAACUUGAAAAUGAACGAUUUUCAUUUAAUGGACAAUCAAUUCAAAAAAAAAUCAUUUCUAAUAAUAAUGCUGUAUUAUUUCAUGAAUUACCACAAGAAACUCAAUUAUCAAUUGAACGUAAACGUUUAGCUGAUUAUUGUCGUAAAGCAUAUAAAAAAACAAAUGCAGCAAAAAAAGAUGAUCUUAAUGAAGCUAAACGAUAUAAUAAUUUAAUUGUUAUUUAUGAUUCAUUACAACUUGCACAUAAAUGUAUUCUUAAUUCAUUUUAUGGUUAUGUCAUGCGAAAAGGUUAUUUUAAAAUGUGCUCGUUGGCAUCGAAUGGAAUGGGUGGUAUUGUAUGUACAACAGGUUCAACUAUCAUCAAACGUACUCGAGAACUUAUUGAACAAAUUGGACGACCACUUGAACUUGAUACAGAUGGUAUAUGGUGUGUAUUACCAGCAACAUCUCCUGAAAAUUAUGAAUUAAUAAUACGUGAUCCAUCACGUCCAAAAGUUGUUAUAUCUUAUCCAUGUAGUUUAUUAAAUUUAAUUAUUAAAGAUCAUUAUACAAAUGAUCAAUAUCAUGAACCUUAUUUAGCUAUGAUAUUGCCAGCAUCAAAAGAAGAAGGAAAGCGUAUAAAAAAACGUUAUUGUGUAUUUAAUAUGGAUGGUACUAUAGCCGAAUUAAAAGAUUUCGAAGUAAAAUGUAAUGGUGAAUUACAAUUAAUAAAAAUUUUUCAAGCAAGUGUUUUCGAAGCAUUUCUUAAAGGAACAACACUUGAAGAAUAUUAUAAUCAUGUUGCAACUAUUGCUGAUUAUUGGCUUGAUAUGUUAUAUUCACAUGCAAAAGAUAUAUCGGAUAAAGAAUUAUUUGAAUUAAUUUCAGAACGAAGAACUAUGUCAAGAAUGUUAUCCGAUUAUGGAGAACAAAAAUCAACAUCUAUUUCGACAGCUAAAAGACUUGCUGAAUUUCUCGGUGAAGAUGUUAUUAAAGAUAAAGGUCUUUGUUGUCGUUUUGUUAUUGCUAAUGUUCCAUGUGAUGCACCUGUUACUGAACGUACUAUUCCAUUCCAGUACCACGUUUUAUAUAAACAAAAACGUAUAACUGAUGUAUUUAAUUCAAUUGAUAAACAAACUCAUAUAGAUAAUAAUGAACAACAAUUAAUAUUAACAAAUGAUAUUGAAGAUAUAGGUCAACAAACAGAAUCAUCAAUAAAAUUAAUAAAAAAAACAACAACAAAAACAUUAAAACGUAAACGUGAGGAUUUAAAUGAUAAAACCACAACACGUCAAUGGAGAAUUGUUCUUGGUCCACCACCAUCAUUUGGUCAAACAACAAAUCAACAUAUUAAAUGGCUUAGUUAUCAAAAACGUAAAUGGGAAAUACAACAUGAACAACGACAUCAACCAUCAAUAAUAUCAGAUAAAAUUCAAUUAUCAACAAAACAAAAAACUUCAGCUGAUGGUAAAAUUGAUACAUAUAUUCGUCGUGCAGCUGAACAUUUGCAUACACGUCCAUGGCAAAUCAUAUCAUAUGAAUUAACUGGUCAAAUAGGUAUAUUUAAAGCUUGUUGUUUAGUUAAACAUGAAUUAGUACAAAUUAAAAUAAAAGUUCCAAGAAUAUUCUAUGUUAAUUAUCGUACAUCAAUUGAAAAUAAUAAUAAUAAUACACAUGAACAAUUAAAACAAACCCAACGAUCAAGUGGUUAUGAACGUACAAUUAAUAAUUGUUCAAAACAUGUUAAUCGUUUAUUACUACGUUAUAUAAUGACAGAUUUAAGUAAUCCAAAUAUUGAAGGUGUUUAUGAAAUGAAUGUACCAUUAGAUUUUCGUUUACUUGUUACACUUGGUUUUGAAAAAAAUAGUUUAUAUAAACAAAAACGUAUAACUGAUGUAUUUAAUUCAAUUGAUAAACAAACUCAUAUAGAUAAUAAUGAACAACGAUUAAUAUUAACAAAUGAUAUUGAAGAUAUAGGUCAACAAACAGAAUCAUCAAUAAAAUUAAUAAAAAAAACAAAAACAUUAAAACGUAAACGUGAUGAUUUAAAUGAUAAAACAAUAACACGUCAAUGGAGAAUUGUUCUUGGUCCACCACCAUCAUUUGGUCAAACAACAAAUCAACAUAUUAAAUGGCUUAAUUAUCAAAAACGUAAAUGGGAAAUACAACAUGAACAACGACAUCAACCAACAAUAAUAUCAGAUAAAAUUCCAUUAUCAACAAAACAAAAAACUUCAUCGGAUGGUAAAAUUGAUACAUAUAUUCGUCGUGCAGCUGAACAUUUACAUACACGUCCAUGGCAAAUAAUAUCAUAUGAAUUAACUGAUCAAAUAGGUAUAUUUAAAGCUUGGUGUUUAGUUGAACAUGAAUUAGUACAAAUUAAAAUAAAAGUUCCAAGAAUAUUCUAUGUUAAUUAUCGUACAUCAAUUGAAAAUAAUAAUAAUAAUACACAUGAACAAUUAAAACAAACUCAACGAUCAAGUGGUUAUGAACGUACAAUUAAUAAUUGUUCAAAACGUGUUAAUCGUUUAUUACCACGUUGUUCACAAGCUUAUUAUUUAUAUGAAUAUCGUUUAGAUGAAAAUCAUUUUCAUGAUUAUUAUACAGAUAUAAUGACAGAUUUAAGUAAUCCAAAUAUUGAAGGUGUUUAUGAAAUGAAUGUACCAUUAGAUUUUCGUUUACUUGUUACACUUGGUUGUAUAUGUUCAUUACGUAAAGAACAAUAUCGUACAAAUAUACUUUCAAAUUUAUAUCAAUAUGAUGAAUUAGAAUUUUUAUCAUUAUCAGAACAAACAUAUUUACAAGCAGGAACAUUACAAUGUAUUUAUUUAUAUAUACAUCAAGAUAAUGGAAAAUUAUUUAUUGCUUUAUUUAUACCAAAUAAUUGUCGUGUAUUUAUUGGUAUUUUGGAUAGUAUUAGAGAAAAUCAUAUGCCAAAUUUAAAUAAAUUAUUAAAAAAUGAAUGUGAAAAAAGACUUCAAAAAGGUAUUGAUACAAAUUUAUUACCAAUAAAUGAACAUCAAUUUGAAGUUAAAGUUGAUAUGGAUAUAGAAAAUAUUUGGAAAAGAUUUAAUAAAAUUAUUUCAAAUCGUAAGUAA